ACCAAGCACUACUCUGCUUUCUAUCUUUCAACUUUUUUGACUGGCUUGCCUCUCUUUUCUCCACCCCUUUUUCUUUCUCUCUCCUUCUUUCCUAAUCCUUCUUCCCAAAACCUUCUUCUUUUUCCUCAUUCUUAAAAAAAAAAAACAAUCAGAUGAAACAACCUCAAUUCCCACUGAAAAAACUCAUAACUUGGGCUCUCUAUGCUCUAAUCCCUCUAGCUCUCUUCCACCUCUAUUUCUACCCUCUUCCUCUCCAACAAAACCAAAAACAACAGCAGCAGCAGCAACAACAUCAUCAUCACAAGGUCUUAUCCACAAAAGGAAUUAGCAGAAAUUGCAACUAUACAGAUGGAAGAUGGGUGCAAGAUCAUAGGCCAACAAUUUACAAUGGCACAAGUUGUGGCACAAUCAAAGAUGGUCAAAACUGCAUGGCUCAUGGUAGGCCAGACACAGGCUACCUCCACUGGAGAUGGCAACCAAGACAAUGCAAGCUCCCAAGGUUCAAUCCUUUGACCUUCUUGAACCUCAUCAGGAACAAACACAUUGCCUUUGUGGGUGAUUCAUUGGCUAGAAACCAACUUGAAUCUCUUCUUUGUCUCCUCUCCUCUGCUUCUCCUGCUGAGCUUGUUUAUAAGAAUGGAGAAGAUAACAAGUUUAGGAGAUGGAGUUUUAGUGAGUACCAAGUUAAUGUGUCUGUGUUUUGGUCUCCAUUUCUUAUUAAAGGUGUUGAGAAAGGAUCAGAUUAUGGGUUGAAAAAUCAUAAUAAGCUUUUUGUGGAUGUGGCUGAUGAAAAAUGGGCAUCAGAGUUGCAUGGUUUUGAUGUCAUUGUUUUCUCUGUGGGGCAUUGGUUUCUCCACCCUGCAAUUUACUAUGAAGGAGGUGAAGAAAAUGAAAAUGUUCUUGGUUGUCAUCACUGUAGAGAAGAGAAUGCAUUUAACCAUACAGAGAUUGGGUUUUUUGAUGUUUUUAGAAAAGCUGUGAGGACUAGUUUGCAUGAAGUUGUGAGAAAAGGAUUGAAUGAUCAGUUGGUGGUUUUGACCACAUUUUCUCCUGCACAUUUUGAAGGGGAGUGGGAUAAGGCUGGGGCAUGUCCAAAGACAGAGCCAUACAAGGAAGGGGAGAAGGGAAUGGAGUAUAUGGAUAUGGAGAUGAGGAAAAUAGAGGUGGAUGAAGUGGAGAGAGCUAAGAAAGAGAUUGAAGAGAAGAUGAUGAUGAAGAAGAAGAAGGUGAAGAUAGAAGCAUUGGAUGUGACAAGAAUAGCAUGGUUGAGAGGAGAUGGACAUCCAGGGCCAUACAUGCAUGCAUUUCCAUUUGCUAAUGGAGUUCCAGAAAGAGUGCAGAAUGAUUGUGUUCAUUGGUGCUUGCCAGGGCCCAUUGAUGCUUGGAAUGAGAUUUUGCUGCAGAUGGUGAAGAGAUGGAGGGACCAGACAGGAAAAAGAUAAGAGACAAGGUGCAUGGAAUAUUGUUGUAGUUAUUGAUGA